AUGGCAUCCCCUUCACCAGAGCGACAAGAUAAUGCCACGAGCAAAGAACCAUCUGGUAUUGAUGGCCCUGGGCAUCAUGAAGAGGCAAAAGAUAGCGCUGCUGCUACAGAGACGGUGGUCGGUGUGCUCAACAACUUAAAUAUUGAGCGUCAACUUAGCCACUCGCCACGACCGUCUACAAGAUCAUCAUCAGUGUCUGCGACAUCUCAAACACCGCCCGAAAAGAAGAAGAAGAAGAAGAAGACUCUACGUUCGUUCUUCACCUACUUCCAACUCCUCUUCUACGCCAACCCAACAUGGAUCGAUGUACUUCUUCUCAUUGUGGGAACUCUCACAGCAUGCGCCGCCGGUGCCCCGUUUCCUCUAAUGGGUAUCAUUUUUGGCCAACUGGUCAACGAUCUCAAUACUGCAUCUUGCGACAAUGGCGAGGUCGCAUCACAAAACUCGCCUAAAGAGCUUCAAGACAGCAUCAACAAAAAGGUUGUCAUGAUUACAUGGAUCGGAGUAAUUAGCUUUGCUCUCAUCUACACCUAUAUCGUGUCUUGGUCUAUCUUUAGUCGUCGUCUUGAGAAUCGCAUUCGAGAUCGCUACUUCAUGAGCAUCCUAUUACAAGAUGCGACCUUCUUCGACAAGAGACAAGCAGGAGAGAUCACCUCCCGUCUCAAUGCUGAUAUCCAGGCAAUUCAGUCUGGUACCUCAGAGAAAGUGGGCAUCAUCAUGGGUUGCACCUCGUUCUUCGUCUCAUCGUACGUUGUCGCAUUUGUCAAAAAUACUACACUCGCUGGUAUUCUCGUAUCGCUUGUUCCUGCGUUCAUGCUUCUCGCUAUUGUAGGGAGUAUGUUUACCGCAAAGUUUGCAACAGCCAUGUCCGAGAAGAUCGCUUCGGCCUCUUCAAUCGCCUCAGAAGUCCUUGCCAAUAUUCCCGUUGUUCAGGCUUUUGGUGCAGGUCCUCGACUCGAGGCCAUCUUUGCGGAGAGGAUGAAGGGGGCACGAAAGCAAGGAAUUAACAAAGCCUUUGUUGCUGCUAUUCAAGCCGGGUUGCUCUACUUUAUUGCCUACUCGGCAAACGCGCUUGCUUUCUGGCAGGGUAGCACACAGAUUGCCGACAUGGUUGAGGGUAACGGCGAUGCCUCUGUUGGUGAUAUCUACACUGUUAUUCUUUUGCUGGUUGACGCCUGUGUUGUUCUUGGUGGCAUUGCCCCUUUGUUGCCACUCGUUGGGGCUGCUGUUGGGUCUUUUGAAAAACUUCGUGAAGAUAUGGACAGCCCGGCUACCAUCGACACGGGGUCUAACAAGGGGAAGAAUCUCACAUCGGUGGAGGGAAGCGUAUCUUUCAAAAAUCUUUCAUUUGCCUAUGCUUCACGACCUCACCACCCGGUGCUGAAGAAUGUCUCUUUCGAAUGUCCUGCUGGCAAGCAUACCGCCCUCGUCGGCCUUUCUGGCAGCGGGAAGUCCACUAUUGCUGGCCUUACAUCUCGAAUCUAUGACCCUGCUGAGGGUACAGUUCUCCUUGAUGGACAUGAUCUUAAAGAACUAAACGUCAAGGGACUAAGGAGUCACAUGAGUCUUGUGCAGCAAGAACCCUCUCUUCUGGACCGGUCAAUCGUCGAGAAUAUCGCCCUUGGCAUCUUGAACUCGCCCCAGCCUGAGCAUCAGAGAUUUAAAACCACAAUCCUUGGCACUGGACUUGGUGAGCUCGCCACUAGGCUCCGUCAAGGCGAUGAUCUCGUGGUAGCAGCUCAAAGCUUUGGGCAAGAAAUGAUUGAUCUAGUUGAACGAGUUCAGGAGGCUGCUCGACUUGCUGACGCGUCUGGUUUCGUUAACAGAUUGGAGUAUGGCUAUGGAACACUGGUCGGUACCGGCGGAAAGCUUGUGAGCGGCGGUCAACGACAGCGUCUUGCGCUUGCUCGAGCAUUGAUCCGCGAUCCCAAGAUCCUCAUCCUGGAUGAGGCCACAGCCUCUCUCGACUCCGCAAGUGAGCACCGCAUCCAGAUGGCCAUCGAGUCUAUUGCUAAGAAUCGUACCGUCAUUGCUAUUGCCCAUCGUUUGUCCACUAUCAAAAAUGCAGACAACAUCAUCGUUAUGAACAGUGGUGAAAUCAUCGAGCAAGGCAACCAUCUUGAACUAAUGGCUCUCAAUGGCUCAUAUGCCAGUAUGGUACGCCUACAGACUGUUGACUCGGAGGACGCCGGAUCUACCACAAGCACUGUACGGGCUGAUGGUACCUUCUCCGAAAAGGACUCCGUUGCAGAACUGAAGGCUGAGAACGUUGGAAAGGAGGAGGUAGAUGCUUACCACGUGCAAGAAACCGAAGAAAAGGAUACUACUCCUGAGGCAGACGCUGCUCUCGACUCCAACAAGUCUGCUUGGGUCGUCAUCAAGACCAUCGGCAGCAUGGUACGACCCUAUCUUCUCCUCAUCAUUGUUUGUCUCUUUGCUGCCACUAUCGUCGGGCUCACAUUCUCUUCAUCUGGUCUAAUUUUCGGUUACACCAUUGACAACCUCAGCCCCUGCAAUCCUGUCCAAGAUAUUCGCUGGGCGGGUAGGUUCUUUGGAGGCAUGUGGUUUAUGAUUGCCUGCGUCGAGUUAUUGGCCAAUACCACAAGCUGGACCGGCUUCGGCAUGGUUGCUGAGAAGUUGUUAUACAAGAUCCGAGUCCUCUGCUUCCGCUCCCUGUAUGAACAAGAUCUCGAUUGGCAUCAGUCAGAAGGGCGCACUCCCACUGCGCUUCUAUCUGUCAUCACCACGGAUGCCGCAGCAGUUGGCGGAUUCAGCGGUUCUAUCAUUGGUACAGUCUUUUCUAUUGUGGUCAAUUUUCUGGUUGCCAUCAUCCUCUCACACAUUCUCGCUUGGAAAAUUGCCAUCGUAUGCUUGGUCAUCGUGCCUAUCCUUCUAGGCUGUGGCAUCAUGCAGCUUCGAUCGUUGUCCAAGUUUGAGCGUCGCCAUGCUGGAGCUUUCUCGGGGGCCGUCGGCAUUGCCAACGAGGCUGUAAACUCUUUCAAAACCAUCUCUUCACUAUCUAUAGAAGAGGAAGUCAUGAGCGCAUACCGUCGUGCUCUGAGGGCACCUCGGAAAGAAAUCACAUUGGCUUCUAUGUACGCCAACUUGUGGCUCUCUCUCGCUAAUAGCACCGGGAAUUUGAUCUAUGCCUUCGCAUACUGGUGGGGUUCGACUCGGAUCACUGCAGGCGAGGCUAGCCAGCGAGAGUUCUUUAUAAUUCUUAUCUGCAUGCUUGUUAGUGCACAGCUCUGGGGUCAAAUGUUCAGUCUUGCACCCGAAGUAUCUCGAGCCAGGGCUGCCGCUUCCCGCAUCCUGAGCUUGAUCAAUCUCGGAUCUUCCAAGGACGAGGCGAAGAAAGGCAAACUGACACUCGCUAUCGAAAAUACCGAAAAGGAUCUUGAAGCUCGGGCUGAAGCUCAUGAGAAGAGUAGCGGAGGCAAGGGGGCCACAAUCGUGUUCAAGGAUGUGAAAUUCUCAUAUCCGGCCCGACCUCAUAUUCAAAUCCUCACCGGCAUGUCGUUCACUAUUCCUGGUGGACAGUUUGUUGGUCUUGUUGGACCAUCUGGUGCUGGCAAGUCGACCAUCAUGUCGUUAGUCCAACGUAUGUACCGACCAUCAGGCGGCACUGUCGAGAUCAAUGGUGUUGAUAUUUGCGCACGUGAAGGAACCAGGUUCCGCAACGACAUAGCAGUUGUUCCCCAGGACUGCGCUCUGUUUGACGGAACGAUCCGUUUCAAUGUCGCUUUAGGCUCAACUCCUGAUCACGAGCCAAGUGACGAAGAGAUCCAUGAAGCUUGUAAGCUGGCCAACAUCCACAACGUUAUUAUGGAGUUGCCCAACGGGUACGAUACUGAAUGCGGGCCUAAUGGUUCGCGUCUUUCUGGCGGUCAGAGACAGCGACUAGCGAUUGCGCGAGCCCUUGUGCGUAAGCCUAAGCUGCUUUUGCUUGACGAGAGCACAAGUGCACUUGACGCCGAGAGUGAACGGGCUCUGCAAGAGGGACUAGAGCGUGUAGCACGAGGUAUCACCGUGAUCGCCAUAACACACAGGCUUCACACGGUGCGCAAGGCGGAUGUCAUAUUCAUGAUUGAGGGAGGCAAGGUUGUAGAAAAGGGUCGACACGAAGAGUUGGUGGAAAGAAGCGAGACUUAUCGCACGAAUGCCCUGCAGCAGAUUCGUGUUUACAUGAGAUCCUGGUUAGGCUUCAAAGUCGCAACCAUUCCCUCCCCAUCCACCCUCGACAAUCCCUCCUCCGUUCCUGGCGUUGUCCCUACCGCAUCCCAAUCCCGCAUUAACGACGUCCAUCCGACCCGAGGAGGGAGUGCUGCUGCCUCCCUGUUAGACGAUUCAGCCUUGGUAUCACAGCAGCAAUACCAGCGCGACAGUAGCGCAAACACGAGCGAACAGUUCGAGCUUGUCGAUUACCCUCCCAUCCAGGCUCGUCGAGACGCCGCAGAUCGCGAAGCCAGAAGACAAUCGAAACGAGAACGAAAGCGCCGCUGGCUUGAACAACAGGACGAGAUGAAGUUUUCGCAUAGUAUCCAGUUCAAUGCUGUUCCAGAUUGGAGCAGCCAUUAUAUCGCCUACAGCAAUCUCAAGAAGCUUAUCUACAAUUUGGAAAAGACCGCCCAUCAGGCGCGCGGUAGUACCGGCGAUGCUGAAUCAAGACCUCUCAUCAACCAGGAAGAUGCCGAAGACGUCUUCUCCAGGGCCCUUGGCGUCGAGCUGGAGAAGAUCUGCUCGUUCUAUGUGUCCAAGGAAGGUGAGCUUCUUGAAGAGGCUGCACAGCUCCUACGCGACGUUGGCGAUGAGGCUGCAGAUGCCAUAGCCGACAACCGUUACUUGCGCCGCCUCUCUGUGUCGUCUGCCAACAACCGAGCCGACGGGCGAAAUGGUUUCCGCUCAAGAAGCCCCAGAAGCCGCAGCAGCGACAAUGAGGAGAGCGGAAGCGAAGAGGAAGAUGAGACUACAGGGUUGACAACAAGACGACGAAGCAGCGCAGGCCGCAGGCGAACCCUUCCCAAUUUAAAUGCUAAGCCGCGCUCCGAGGAUAUGAAUGCGUCUACCGACUUUGGCCGAGAUGCGAGAAGGCACAGCACUGUUGGAGAUGAAAACGAGGAAACUCUUAUGUUCUCCUCGGGCAUGUUUUCGUCAGGCAUCAUGCUCAAGAAACGUAUUAUUGGACUAUAUGUUUCACUCUGUGAGCUCAAAUCAUUCAUUCAGCUCAACCGUACCGGUUUCACCAAGGUACUAAAGAAGUUUGAUAAGAUUCUCGAUAAAGAAUUGAAAGGACCAUAUCUACGAGCUCACGUCGAGACCGCCUACCCCUUCAAGGACGAAACCAAGCGCGUGCUCGAGGAAAACAUUGCCAAGAUGGAGAAGGCAUACGCCGAAAUUGUUACCGGCGGAGAUGAGGCCCUGGCUCGUAAGGAUCUUCGUUCGCAUCUUCGAGAGCACGUUGUAUGGGAGCGCAACACUGUUUGGAGAGACCUUAUCGGUAUUGAGCGUAGAGCCGAGGCGGCUGGCCUCGGACAGGCGCUACUUGGCCAAGAAAGAGGCAAUGUGACAAGGAGGUUACAGGGCGACGAGGCCAAGGGCGCCCAAAUCACGCAGUUCCGUACUCCUCUGGGCAGAAUCACCUUGCCGCCAUGGCUUGCAAGCACGUCUCUCUGGACCUUGAUUGCAUGCUUGACUGUCUUCUUCCUGCUCCUCUUGCUCCCUAUCAUGGAGAAGGCCGAGCAACAGAACUGCCUGGCCAUGCUUGUCUUUGUCAGUCUAAUGUGGGCCACUGAGACCAUUCCUCUCUUUGUGACUUCAUUACUGAUUCCCUUCCUUUCUGUCGUUCUGAACGUGGUUCGUGAUGAGACACCCGGCAAACCUCAGAAGCGACUGGGCUCCAAGGAAGCUACAUCUGCAAUCUUCGCUGCUAUGUGGACACCCGUCAUCAUGCUUCUCCUUGGUGGCUUCACUCUAGCAGCGGCUCUAUCCAAGUGCACUAUCGACAAACGAUUGGCUACUCUUGUUCUGAGCAAGGCUGGCACACAACCAAAAACUGUCCUGAUCGCCAAUAUGUUCGUGGCUGCUUUUGCGUCUAUGUUGAUCAGCAACGUCGCUGCCCCUGUUCUAUGCUAUUCUAUCAUUGAGCCCAUGCUUCGAACCUUGCCAUCUGAUUCCAAUAUGUCAAAAGCGGUCAUCAUCGGUAUUGCACUUGCAUCCAACAUCGGUGGAAUGUUGUCUCCUAUUGCAUCUCCUCAAAAUGUGGUGGCAAUGGGUAUCAUGCAGCCCGCACCUACAUGGCUACAGUGGUUCUUCAUUGUCAUUCCUGUUGGUGCCGUGUCGAUUGUCCUAAUUUGGCUUCUUCUUCUCGUGACAUUCCAGCCGGGUAAGGGCACAACGAUUGCUCCCAUCCGACCUGUCAAAGAGAAGUUUACCGGCCUGCAAUGGUUUGUUACUAUUGUCACCAUUUCUACUAUUGCUUUGUGGUGCGCCAGCCACCAGCUUGAAGCCGAGUUUGGAGAUAUGGGUGUGAUUGCCAUUAUCCCUAUUGUUCUCUUCUUUGGUAUUGGUCUAUUGACCAAGGAGGACUUCAACAACUUCCCAUGGACCAUCAUCAUUCUGGCUGCUGGUGGAUUGUCCUUGGGCAAGGCUGUUCGCUCGUCUGGCCUCCUUCAUACUCUCGCCGAAAUUGUCUCUGAGAAGGUGGAAGGCAUGAGUUUGUACGGUGUCCUGGUUGUCUUCUCGACUUUGAUCUUGGUUAUUGCAACCUUCAUCAGCCACACCGUCGCAGCUCUGAUUUUUCUCCCCCUUGUUUUCGAUGUCGGUGCCGCCAUGGAUCAACCUCAUCCCAACCUGCUUGUCAUGGGUGGUGUUCUCAUGUGCAGUGCCGCCAUGGGCUUGCCAACCAGUGGCUUCCCUAACAUGACUGCUAUCAUGAAAGAAGAUCCUUUCGGUCAGCGAUAUCUCCAGGUCAAGCAUUUCAUCAGCCGUGGUGUGCCCAGCAGUCUCAUCACUCUCGUCGUUGUUGUAACCCUUGGAUAUGGAAUUAUGCAAGUCGCCGGACUUGACUAA